UGCGUGAGUUUGCAGAGGUCCAUCUGAUAAGGUCUGGUCUUGGGGUGGGGCUUAAAACGUGCAACAAUACUCUGCUGUGAGUGGUUGGAUUGGCUAUCACCAGCCUCUUUGCUUCCAGGGCUCGUCCUCGUAGUGGUCUUCUUGCAGCAAGCUUCGAAGCGCCAGCUUUUUUGGCCCUAUUGCCUUGUUUGUGAGGCAAGAAUAAACCGGCGCCUUGCCAAAACAAGCUACCUCCAGCGUUUUACCCCAGACCAAAUCACGGAAGGCCAUCUGAUGAGCUGCAUCAGCGCCAUUCCAACGCAACACUUCUCCUCAAUAGCUUCUUCGUCCUCCUCUACUCCCCAUUGGCAUCGAGAGCACUUCCGAAAAUAUGGCGACUUCAUCCGCCACUCCGCCAAUCUCUUACACUCGACUGAAGCAGAUCGCGAAUGACGCCUGCCAAAGUGCAUUGGGAAGCACCGAAUUCUACGAGCAUUCGAAGACCGAGGCGUGGAACACAACAAUCAUUAACUCCAUCCUACGCUCGUUGAUCUCCGAGUCCUCUCCUGCUGGCGGAACCCCAUCGUACAAAUAUGCUGUCAACAGCACAAUCAUCCAACACCUUGUGCCUACCUCUACCUUAAACCGAGCCAAAGCAGCCCAAGAGAGUCCGGUGCCCAAGACCGAAGCCACGAUUUCGACGAGCGACAAGAAUGAGGCUACAGGAACGGAUGGGAAGCCUCAUGUUGGCCGGAGAGGAAUGCAUAGCGCAACGGGAGCAUACUGGAACGAGAAGACCGACGGCAUGUGGAGCUUCAAGUAUGAAGGCGGGGAGAAUAAGGGACUCGACGUCGUUAUAUCUGUCAUCUGGAUUUCGAUAUAG